AUGGUAGCCGUGCUGCGGCAAGUCCCGUCUUGCCCUGCAAGAGGACAGAUCCGUGUGGUUAGCCUCAGCCUGACUUCUCCGGCGACCCAUCUAAAUUCAUGGGAGCCAGGGGCCCAGUUGAACCCGGCGGGAAGGAACGACUGCGGCGGUUCUCCUGUUCCGUCGGCGAACACGGGGGAAAAUUUCUCGUCGGAGCGCGAUCCUAAUUCGGGCUCGCCACACCAAGGCUCGGCAGCUGGACUUGAAGUGAACAUGACAUUGUUGAAGAGGUUGAAAAGUUUUCCCGGCGUGCCAGAAGACUGGACAGCAGCAUCGCGCAUUACUACCUACCCUGCCAACCCUGCCAACCCUGCCAACCCUGACAACCCUGACAACCCUGACAACCCUGACAACCCUGACAACCCUGACAACCCUGCCAACCCUGCCAACCCUGCCAACCCUGCCAACCCUGCCAACCCUGACAACCCUGCCAACCCUGCCAACCCUGCCAACCCUGCCAACCCUGCCAACCCUGCCAACCCUGACAACCCUGCCAACCCUGACAACCCUGCCAACCCUGCCAACCCUGCCAACCCUGACAACCCUGACAACCCUGACAACCCUGCCAACCCUGCCAACCCUGCCAACCCUGCCAACCCUGCCAACCCUGACAACCCUGACAACCCUGACAACCCUGACAACCCUGCCAACCCUGCCAACCCUGCCAACCCUGCCAACCCUGCCAACCCUACCUACCCUGACAACCCUGACAACCCUGACAACCCUGACAACCCUGACAACCCUGACAACCCUGACAACCCUGACAACCCUGCCAACCCUGCCAACCCUGCCAACCCUGCCAACCCUGCCAACCCUGACAACCCUGCCAACCCUGCCAACCCUGCCAACCCUGACAACCCUGACAACCCUGCCAACCCUGCCAACCCUGCCAACCCUGCCAACCCUGACAACCCUGACAACCCUGACAACCCUGCCAACCCUGCCAACCCUGCCAACCCUGACAACCCUGACAACCCUGACAACCCUGCCAACCCUGCCAACCCUGCCAACCCUGACAACCCUGACAACCCUGCCAACCCUGCCAACCCUGCCAACCCUGACAACCCUGCCAACCCUGACAACCCUGACAACCCUGACAACCCUGACAACCCUGACAACCCUGACAACCCUGCCAACCCUGACAACCCUGCCAACCCUGCCAACCCUGCCAACCCUGCCAACCCUGCCAACCCUGACAACCCUGACAACCCUGACAACCCUGCCAACCCUGCCAACCCUGCCAACCCUGACAACCCUGCCAACCCUGCCAACCCUGACAACCCUGACAACCCUGACAACCCUGCUAACCAUACCAACACCGCCAACAAUGCCAACCCUGACAACCCUGACAACCCUGGCAACACUGCCAACCCUGGCAACACUGCCAACCCUGCCAACCCUGCCAACCUUGCCAACCUUGCCAACCCUGCCAACCCUGCAACCAUGCCAACCCCGCCCAACCUGACAACCCUGACAACCCUGCCAACCCUGCCAACCCUGCCAACCUUGCCAACCCUGCAACCAUGCCAACCCCGCCAACCCCGCCAACCCUGA